UCAACAGAGAAGAUCAUACCAAAAAAAAAAGGAGACAGCGUGAUCUAUAAAAUCGUGAAUCCAAAGGGGAACGUGAAUCCAAAUUAGGGUUUCUCUAACCAUGAAACCUGGUGAGUUUGAUCCCAUUCUCCUAUGGGAAAUUCAGGUAGAAAUCUUAUCGUGGCUUCCAGUGAAAACCCUGAUGCAAUUCAAGUGCGUUUGCAAAUCAUGGAAAUCACUCAUCUCUGAUGACAAAUCGUUCGAAAAAUUGCACCUGCACAGAUUGACCAGAAACAAGCACGUACUCGUCUCCCUGAUCGAAACUGGCGGCCCUCCCGUCCACUAUGAGGAAGAACAGGACCACUGCCACAUUCCGUGCCCCUUGCGUCGUUUGGUCGAGAAUCCAUCGUCCAUGAUCGACGAAGAAGACGAGUGGUGCAGUUUGAAGGGUACAUACCGCGUAAUUGGCUCAUGUAAUGGCUUGGUCUGUUUUCACAACAUUUGGGAUUCAUAUUGUGGUGUCAGCGACACAUUCUGGGUCCGGCUUUGGAACCCGGCCACGCGCUUGUGGUCCAACAAGUCACCAUCCAUAAUUACCAUCUACCAUUCCGAUUUCGCGAGUUUUGGAUUUGGCUAUGAUCAUUCACGUGACACUUAUAAGGUGGUGGGGAUUGCAGAUUAUUUGUCUUCCUUGGAGACAGUGGUUUAUUGCAAGGGUGAUAGUGGUUGGAGAACGAUUUCGAGCAAACCUGGUAUUGGAAUUUCGCUAAACGGACACUAUGGACACUUUGCGAGUGGCUGUCUCAAUUGGUUAGCAUAUGACGAGUUGAAUCAGCCUGAUCAAAACCUUCUGGAUAUCGGGAGGAGGGCGUUGGUGAUUCUUUCAUUUGACAUGUGUAAAGAGACGUAUAGAGCUUUGUCAUUGCCUGAGGAUAUUAGUGAUGUUAAGACAAGUCUUAGUGUUUUGGGAAAUUGUCUGUGCCUUUUUCAAGACCGUAAAGGAACCCAUUUUGAUGUGUGGCAAAUGAGAGAGUACGGAGUUCGUGAGUCUUGGACUCGGUUGGUCUCUGUCAGUUAUGAACAUCUUCAAUGUGAUGGCUAUAUGUCUUAUCCGCGGCCGCUGAUGUGCUUGUCUGAAGAUGGUGACAUCUUAAUGCUCUUCGAAAAUCAAAAUCGGAAUGUUAUUUUAUAUAAUCUAAGAGAUAAUAGUGUGAAACAUAUUCAACUUCCCGACAACAAACGUUGGUUGAAUGGCUAUAGUUAUGUACAAAGUCUAGUUUCGCCAUAUUAAGAUUAAGGUUAUCGUUUCCUCCUUGACUGACACAAGCUGCUCAGUUAUAACCUAGCUACCUCAUGAAUCAUCUUUUAUCUGUUUUAGAGAAUCCUUAUAAGUGUGCUAGAACCCGUAUCUCAUGUACUAUACUUUAUCUGUUUUGCUGGUUUUGUCUGUUGGUUUAUAUCUAUUAAAGACAAUUGCUCAAA